AUGACUCCCGCAAUGAAGACGUGGGAGCUCGAAAACUCCGUCAAGCUUGUCGACCCCCACCGUGACGCUCUCUAUGCCUACGACCCCUCCGCCCAAAAAACAAUCAACGAAGCCCGGCCAUGGAAAAAGGACCUGCACCACUUCACCUCCGUGCGGAUUUCAGCCGUCGCCCUCCUCAAAAUGGUCAUGCACGCGCGCUCCGGGGGCUCGAUCGAAGUCAUGGGCCUGAUGCAAGGCAAGAUCGAAGGCAGCACCUUCAUCGUGACCGACGCCUUCCGGCUGCCUGUCGAAGGCACCGAAACCCGCGUGAACGCACAAGACGACGCGAAUGAAUACAUGGUUGAGUUCCUGACGCGGGCACGCGAGCUCGGGCAGCUGGAAAACGCCGUCGGCUGGUACCACUCGCACCCAGGCUACGGCUGCUGGCUGUCGGGCAUCGACGUUAACACGCAGAAGACGCAACAGCUGUACCAGGAUCCCUUCCUCGCGGUGGUUAUUGACCCGGAUCGCACGGUGUCGGCGGGCAAGGUCGAAAUUGGAGCGUUUAGGACGCUUCCGGAGGAUUACGUCAAGCAGCAGGAGGCGAGGACUACGCAGGGAGCUGGCGAGUCCCAGUCGAUUCCACUGGCGAAGAUUGAGGACUUUGGAGCGCAUGCGAAUCACUACUAUUCGCUUGAGGUGUCGCAUUUCAAGAGUACGCUGGAUGCGAAGACGUUGGAGGCGCUGUGGAACAAGUACUGGGUGCAGACGCUCUCGGCUAGUCCGCUCUUCUCAAAUCGCGAGUAUGGCACGAAACAAAUCCAGGAUCUAGCACACAAGAUCACCCAGGAGGAUAAGCAGUUGAAAUCGAUGCGUGGUGCCGUCUAUGCACAGGGCGACAAGAAAGUGAACCUGGCCAAGAUUGUUGGACCGAGCAAGAAGAUUCAGAGGGAAGAGGAGAUGGGGCUGUUGGCUGCAGCUGUGAAGGGCAAGGUGUUUGGGGUGGCUGAUGAUGUUAAAGAGGUGAAGGAUGAGGAGAUGAAGACUUAAGGAGACAAUGGCUUCACGACGAACGAUAUGAUUGCAUGGCUAGGCGUUUGGAUCUGGCAUUACGUGCCCGUGGAGUCUUAGAGAGUAACGUUUAACCUUAGGCUGAAAUCAUAUGGGCCUUUGAAUGCGCAUUCAAUAUUUCCACGUCUGAAGGCAGAGUUAUGAGAUCACUGACUAGAGAGGCCACGAUUCAGACAUACUCGUUUGAACCUGUUUAGUACUGCUAGUUUGACUCCAAUUAGUGGUGCAUUCCUCUAUAUCUACCAACAUAUCUGUACAGUAUUACUACAGGUGAGGAUUCCACAGUAAUCCUACAUCAGGUUUUAGAAGAGGCCUGUUCCCCAAAAGCUUCAGCUCCCAACCUUCG